AUGGCGCCGCCGCCCGCAGAUGCGCCGCCUCCAGCAGCAGCCCCUCCCAUCCAGGUGCGCCUGGAUGGGUGGCCGCAGCCGACAAGCGAAGGCCUGCGUCCGCGGCGUCGCCUGCUGGUCGGUUUCGCGGGGGAGGCGUUCCCAUACGGGCGCUUGGUGAUUACGGCGCAUCCAGGCGGAGGGUCAGCCUGGGCCCUGACCACGGACGACGACGCAUGCGAGGAAGACUACAGGAACGAUCCCGACAUUGUGAAUGUCACGUUCCUGGACGACGCCGGCCGCCCAUCUGCGCCGCCACGCCAGCUGGCGCACGCCUCUCGCGGCCCGCCUCCGCAGGCGGCCUUGCCGGCGGCGGCGGCGAACGCGGAGGUGCAGACGCAGCUGCUCGGUUGGGGCAAGUCGCCCAGGGACCGCCUCCACCAGCUGGAGGCAUCGUCGUUCCAGGCGGUGGCCGCGUGCAUGCUGGCCUUGGGGGCCUCUGCACCACUGUUCGUGGAGUGGGUCGCCUCGCAGAGGGUCGCCAGCUUCCGCGACGAGGAGAUUUAUUUGUGCGCCUCGGAGGUCAGCGACUGCCGCGCCAUGAAGCCGAGGUUCGAGCGCGGGGUGCGCAACCGCGGGUUCAACGACGGGGUCGUGCAGAUGUUCGAGGAGCCUGGGCUCGACGGUUCCCCGAAGGGCCCGAGGGUCGCGCUCGGCACGGCUACCGCGCUCCGCUCGCAAGGUCGUUCGGCGCACGAGUGCAAGCUAAUCUGCGAGGUGCUCCACGCGCUGCAGCGCAUCGAUCAGUGCAACCCCCCAAGCCUCGCGGGCGCGGAGCUUUUGGUGAGGAUGGGCUGGGCCGGGACUCGCGGGGCUGGGAGCACCCCAGACGCGUUGAUGAGCUACGCCACCAACAGGUUGAAGGACAAGGCCGCGAUCAUGAAGGAGAAGAGGAAGGCCAUCGACGAGUCCAGGCACGGGGGCAAGGGCAAGCCCGACAAGGGCAGGGAUGUGGGCGGCAAAA